CUCGUCAGCACUUCCGACACACAAUUGAGGUCAUCUUCUUCCGUUUGUUCUCGCUCCGUGUAACCGCCCGAAACAUGGGUAACUGUGUGCCCGAAUCAGCGAAACCGCCUGAAUUACGGGGUUCCAAAGUCUGGACCACUCUCAUAACAAAUACCGCGUAUUUGUCUGGUCUGUUGACUCUCGAUUACUCUCUUAAGAGAGCUGGUUCAAAAUAUCCUCUCGUUGUUCUUUACACAGAUUCAUUCCUGCGGAUGGACACAAAGCUCUGGACUCGAGGGGAAUAG